AUGACGAAUGGAACACAAAUGAUGGAAGCUUGUUACACCUGCCGGCGCCGGCGGAUACAAUGUGAUAGACUCGGUAUCCCCUGUGGAAAAUGCCGGAAGGGCGGUCUCGAGUGUCAUGAAAAACGGCCCAUUAAAUGGGUCAAGGGUGUUGCCAUCCGGGGCAAGAUGCAGGGGUUCUCGUAUGAUCUGCAGGAUGUGACUGAUGGAGCAGGGAAUGCUUUGGUGAAAGCAAAUGAUGGUCUACGGGUUGUAGCUCCAGGCCUGGAAGAUGAAGCUGUUUCGAGCUUGGACAAGGUCUCGAAAUAUUACCUAGAUUAUUGUAUAAAUCUCAUCUCUCUUGCCCUGAAAGAUCCAUUAUUGCUCCAGGCUGCUCUUGCGCUGGCAGCGAGACACAGAGCAAAUGAAGGCCAAUCCUUCGAUGGUGCCCAGGCCUUACUUCCUUGGAUGGGGAAUGCUCAGCAGGAUGCCCUGGUCUUCAAACACAAGGCCAUCCAAGGCCUGUCACAAGUCGUGGGCGAUGCUGCGUCGAGCAGGAGUGACACAACUGUUGCCACCAUCUUUCUUCUAAUCUUCCUUGACCUAUUGGAAUCGGGAAAUGAUAGGUGGAAUAUCCACCUAGGAGGUGCCAAAACGUUAAUGUCGCUGAGCAAGUCGUUGUCCCAGGUCAGUGACCCUGGCCGAACAGUACAAGAGAUUAGAAGCUUUAUUACCAAACAGAUCUAUCUGAUUGAAACUCUGGGCGCAACCUUUGUCCGACCCAAUCUGCUAUCUCGAUCCCCAACCUUGGCUGCGGAGGGGAUGUCGCCAGAUAUGGUUGAGCAGUCAUUCCUUGGCUGCCCCGACUUUCUUCUCAGCGCUAUCCAAACAUUCUCAAUCAAACGUGAUAUUCUUGCUACUGCUAGCCAGAAGCCUUUCCCUGAAGCUGCCACGGUGAUCUCUGAUCUGACGGCUAUGCUGGAAUCCAUCCACAAUUUCGAUAGCCUCAGCUGGGCCUCAAAUCUGCCUCAAACUUCUUCUCCACAUGACAUCCAUAAUCUGGCCAACUUAUCACAAUGCUAUAAACUGGGAGCUCUCAUCUAUGGCCAGCGUGUUCUCGAUAUUGUGUUACAUCAGGACACUUCCCAAGAACAUGUUACGUGUGAGCUCUUCUCCGUGAUUGAGGCUCUCAAAGAUGAUAAUGCUCUGUUCAAAUGUAUUCUGUGGCCGAUAUUUGUUGCAGGAUUAGAGUCCGGAUUCAGUGUUCAGCACGAUCUUGUGAUGCAAUAUCUGGAAAGAUUUUGGAUCAUCACCAGGUGUUUGAAUGUGGUCAACGCAGCCAAGAUUCUCCAGGCUUACUGGCAAACUCAAACUCAUGCAGAAGCUAAAUCCUUGAAUUGGGUUUUCAACAUGGGCCGUCUCGGGGAAGAUUGGCUGCUCAUAUGA